AUGUCAACAGGAAGGGACUUAGGACCAAGCGGCAAACCAAAGCGUCAUUUCAGUCCAUCAAGUCGCAAAGAUGCUAAAAAUGCGGCACAAGAAGCUGGCAAAGGCGAACCACCUAUUCAUCAUCAAGCUCAUAAACCUGGACAGCAAGCGCAUUUUCAUCCAGCUGACAAAGAUGGCAACAAAGUUGAAGAUGGAUCACACUAUCAAUAUGGUAAAAAAGCGAAAUAA